AUGUCUCAGCCGAAGAUUACAUUCUACGUGGACAUUGUGAGCCCGUUUGCCUACAUUGCUUUCCACGUCCUCAAGAAUUCAAAGGCCUUCAAACAGGUCGAGGUGCAAUAUGUGCCGAUCCUGCUUGGGGGUUUGAUGAAGGUCUGUGGGAACACACCGCCGCUGAACAUUAAGAACAAAGACAAGUGGAUCAAUACGGAGCGCCAGCGCUUGUCGAAACAGUUCAACGUGCCCAUCCUGCAAGAUGCUCCGCCUGGCUUCCCUGUCAGCACAUUGCCCAUUCAGCGCGCCCUGGUAUCUCUCUCGCUCUCUCACCCACAAAAACUUGAACGCGCAAUAGAGCUCUGCUACGAAAAUUUCUGGGCGCACUGGAACGACCCGACUAAGCCGGAGAAUCUGCAGGCUAUCCUUGGGACUGUUUUGGGCAGUGACGAAGAGGCGCAAAAGGUGAUCGCGAGGACGAAGACCGAUGAGGUGAAGCAGGCUCUGGGCGGAAACACUACCAAGGCGUUUGAAGACGGCGCCUUUGGGCUGCCAUGGUUUGUCGGUAAGCGCAGAAUUGGUGCUCUGUCAGAUAAUCAGAAAGUGUUUGUUGACCAUGUGCGGCAGCUACCAACGCGAGAGGAGAGACUGAGGGGUACUGGGGCGUCGAUCACAUGGGUCAGCUAUGUGACCAUUUGGGUCUGGAGAGGCCGUCUAAUCCAGUCUACUGAAGAAAUGGAUUACUACCGACAAAAUGAACUCCCCGAGACGGUCAAGCGUUACAAGACCUACACCGACCAAUUCCAAGCGUGGUUGCUCCAGACAGCCUUCCAACGUGGCGUGGAGAUUGCAAAUGUGGUUGCAGACCAGGCUAAGAAGAAAAAGAACAAGAAGGGCUACAGAAUACCGCUACAGAAACAGGAGCAGCUCGUCAACGCCAUAGCCGCUACGAGCAUUCCGCUCGCGGACACCAGUGGUAUCGACGACCUGGGAGACGCUAUCCGGUCAAGGAAGGAGGUAACGCAAUAUCACAAACACAAUAACACGGCGGACCUGGGUCAUGAAUACUUCAAUGGCAGCUUAGAAGCGCUCAUGGCGGUGCUGAAGGAUCUUGUCCCCGGUAUCAAUAAGGCUCGAAACGGCAAGACUGACACGCCUACCCUUGUCUUCAUCCAGUUUCCCGCCGAGUCCAACAAAAGCCAAGACGAACAGGACGAUUUACUUGAGAAGAUGCGGAAGCGGGACCAGGUUGACAUGGAUGAUGGCAGCCAGCAGCAGCAGCCUCUGACUUCCAAGACGAAGACGAAGGCGCCGAUACCAGAGGAGAACCUGCUGACUGCAGAGGAGGAACAGUUGCGCCGUGACUUUCUUGUACUCUGCUUCCUCUACAAGUUCAACCGCAUACGGGCUGUCGUCUACGACGUGUGGGUCGCUUACCAUGAGGGCCAUGUCAAUGCGAUGACCGCAGCGCUAGUGACCGACCUAGCCCAGGAUCAUUUGCACCAGAACGUCAAGGCACUGAUGGAGGAGCUCGAUUUGCUACCAGGAGACCUGGCCAUACUCAUCCGUCAGCUUUUCGAUACGAUCAAAGCAGCUCCCAACACUGGAGCACAGAACGCAGCAACACCGCUCACUGAAAAAGCACUGCGUCACCUGUUUUGUCUAGAUGAUGCUGCCGUCUUGAUCAAGAGCUACGUCACGAAAAAGCGCCCGAUGAAGGACAGUAUUGGCAACGACAUCCAGGAGCACCCUCUCAUGAUAUUUUUGAGGUUCUUCGACGUUAUUCGCAAGGGCAACCUCAAGCUUCCAAAGUGGGAUCACUUUACCGCAGAGAUGCUGUUGCAUCAGAGUACAUCACAAGACUACCUACCCUUCGGCCUUGCCAUUGUUCUCGACAUCCAAGAGGCAGUGCGCGACGACUGUCGUCGGAUGCUACGCGACCUCACCGAGCACGGCUUAGACAUCGCCCGAUGUAUCCGUUGUCAUGUCGACUACGAAGACCGCAUGUGGGCCAAGGGAACAAAGCCUGACUACAUGUGCAAAGAAGAGAUCAAGUUCAGUACCCUCCUGUUGAAGCCUCUAGACAGGCUGUUGGACUGGCUGCAAGAUGUUCUGAAUUCGCGAGAAGUGCCGAUGGCUGCUAGCGUCUUCAUCACCGUUCAUUCGACGCUCGCGGGACUUUCAAUGUGGCACUACAACCAGAUCUACCACCAUACUACCAUUGCCAAGAUACAGUGGUUCAUCAAUGGCCUCGCUCACCUCUACAACGCCGCCUGCCAAAUCGGCGGUCUGAACAUCCAGUGGCCAGACCUCGACUAUCUGAUCAAGAUGCAUGGGUAA